CACAUAGAUGAGGUGUGUUGCUCUCUCAUGAGAACAAAGCUGGCUGUGAGGCUGGAAGCCUCUCUCACUGCUCCUCACGAGCAAGGGGCAUCCUGUGUGGACUGACGCUUUGAAAGGAGGAAGAGAGGAGGAAGCACCCUUGAGCAGAACACGGGAGGUCUUUGCCAAAUCUUUAGUCUCUCCUGUUGGAAAACUGAGCCAGAGCCAGGAUGUUUCAGACAUUUAAAGAAUGGUUCUGGAUGGAAAAGCUCUGGCUUCCUCCAGUGAUAAAAUGGUCGGAUCUUGAAGAUCAUGAUGGACUCGUCUUUGUCAAACCUUCUCAUUUAUAUAUGACAAUUCCAUAUGCUUUUCUGUUGUUGAUCAUCAGAUAUUUCUUUGAAAAGUUUGUUGCCACACCUCUAGCAAAAGCAUUUGGCAUUGAAAAGGCUGUUCAAAAAAUUAAACCAAAUACUAUCUUAGAGAAUUUUUUCAAGAAUUCCACAAGACAGCCGUCACAUACUGAUAUUUAUGGACUGGCAAAGAAGUGCAACUUGACAGAGCGCCAGGUUGAGAGAUGGUUUAGGAGUCGGCGGAAUCAAGAGAAGCCUUGCCGGCUGAAGAAAUUCCAGGAAGCCUGCUGGCGGUUUACAUUUUACUUACUUAUUACUAUUGCUGGAAUUGUAUUUCUUCAUGAUAAACCGUGGGCAUAUGACCUGUGGGAGGUUUGGAAUGGUUAUCCCAAACAGCCCUUGCUGCCAUCCCAGUAUUGGUACUACAUUAUGGAAAUGAGUUUUUAUUGGUCACUGUUGUUUAGCCUGGGCUCUGAUGUCAAGAGGAAGGAUUUUCUGGCUAAUGUCAUCCACCACCUGGCUGCUAUUAGUUUGAUGAGCUUCUCUUGGUGUGCUAAUUAUAUCCGCAGUGGGACCCUUGUGAUGAUUGUGCAUGAUGUGGCUGACAUUUGGCUGGAGUCUGCUAAGAUGUUUUCUUAUGCUGGAUGGAAGCAAACCUGUAAUGCCCUGUUUUUCAUCUUCUCUGCCGUAUUUUUCAUCAGCCGCUUCAUUAUUUUUCCUUUCUGGAUUUUAUACUGCACAUUGAUUCUGCCUCUGCACUACCUUGAGCCUUUCUUCUCAUACAUCUUCCUCAACCUACAGCUCAUGAUUCUACAGGGCCUUCACCUUUACUGGGGAUAUUUCAUCCUGAAGAUGCUUAAUAGAUGUGUGUUCACAAAGAAUAUUCAGGAUGUGAGAAGUGAUGAUGAAGAAGAAGAAGAGGAGGAAGAGGAAGAGGACACCAAAGGCAAAGAGAUAGACUGUGUGAAGAAUGGUGUUGGGGCCGACAGGCACCUCAUCCCCAAUGGUCAGCAUUGUCAUUAGCAGGAAGCCACCCCGGGGUGCUGCAAAGACUGUUGGAAGUGAAAUGCUUCUCACUCCACUGCUGCGGGCACAUAGAGACCCAUCAUUUGCCCUUCCUUCCUUUUGUUUGCGAUGGGGUCUCCUAUGUUGCCUCAGCUAGCCUCCUACCCACUUGUCCUGGUCCUUCCCUCCCUUCAAAGAGUGUUCAACAGAAUGUUGUUGCCUUGUGAUUAAGUGAUAGAUCUGGGCAUAGCCGUGGCUGUUCCUGCAGCCAGGACUCAGGCUGGUCAGAGAUUUCAGAGCUUUCUCGAGCAGCCGUCCGUUUUCAUUGUUCCUUUGCUCACGCACUUGAAGCGGUUGACUUCUUCAGGAGCUCACUUGGCUUAGGCCCUUCUCAGUGUGUGCAUCCUCCGGGUGACUUUGGCAUGUGCCAAGGAAACCCGCUUUCUCAUGGUCCUCGGCCCCAACAGCCAGCCAUUCCCAGAAGGUGUAUUCGAAGUGGCCAUGAGGCAGUUGCAGAAGCAGCAGCCCAGGAGACAGGCUUCCAGGGUUACUUCCUGCCUUGAGCAUCUCCAGAGCGCCCCACGUGUCCAUGCGGCUACCUCACAGGUUGGAGUGAGCAUCCAGUGAAAUACCAGAAGUGGGAGUGCCUGUGUCUCCGGUGGUGUUGGUGUUGACGGCCCUCUUUGUACUGUGAUGUCCCCCACUGUGUGGAGGACAGAAAUCUGACUGGACUUUGUAUGAGGGGUCUGAAUGAAAGGCAUGGUUUUCACAAUUACUGUGCUAUAUGAGGCACCUCGGGAAAUAUGCAAAAGACAACUUCCACUUGAGGUGGUCAUAAUGUGUCUGUUUCUCCAAAAGAUAAUUUCAGAUCACCCAAGUCCUCUUGCGUGGGGUUCUAUGGUGAGGGAAGAGAGUGUUGGCCCUUUCUUCUUGUCUUUUGCUGGCUUCUCACUUCUUUUCUCUCUAAGAGAAAAGCUGCGUUAUGCUGCUCCGAGACCCAUCCGCAGGCCACAGAGCUGCCGUGGACUGUGAGGAUUCAUCAGCUUCUAGGGAGAAUGAAUCCUGAGUCAGGUUGCUCAGGGAGCCAUGUCACCAGGAAGCCAGAGCCUCUGGGGUGGCACUGUGGAAGCUGCCUGCCCUGGAAGAAUUCUUGGAAACAGGAAGGAGAAGGCACACAGUUUCAUCUCACUAUCAAACCCAUUCAGACUGCAUAAUGUGAGACAACCAAUGCAGCUCACCAGGCCCUUUCAGUAGAAAGGGUCCUAUGCACACUAAAUAGUACAAGGAGUUUGGUUUUUAAUAAAAAUGUGUUUUUAAAACUUCAUGCUAAGCAAAAACAAGAAAACAGGCAAAAACUCUUCAGGAUUCUUUCCCCAACAAUACUUCUGUUGAAGAAUCGUAGUAAAAAUAGAACAAAACAAGUCUCAAACUUUCUCUGCGUAUUUACUUUUAUGAGUCCCAUACUAUAUGCACUAUAUGUAUAAUGUGAUAUAAUAUCU